GCUGGCGUGCUUAUGUGUGUGUUUGCAGUUGGCUUUCUGUGUUAUAAUUUUGUAAAAGUAAAAAUCAAAGGCAGAAAUUUAUUAAAAAUUUUGCAAAUUGUAUAAAAAAAUUUACAAAAAUUAAUAUUAAUUUAAUAAAAGAAAUUGGAGACUACAAGGACUUCGUUGAAAGCCGUUGUAAUUUUUGUUGAAUAAAAAAUUCGAAAGGUAAGUUCAACCGGGAGUGAGUACCAAGAAUCUCAAAUUUGUUUGGGCGGGAAUUAAAGUUUAAACAUCUUUAAAUUUGUUGAGAUAGUCAAUUUUGGUAAAAAAUGAAAACCAAAUCGUCUAAAGAAAAUGAAAAUGUUGGUGAUGCCGAAUCAUCUGACGAAGAAUAUGUUGUUGAAAAAAUAUUGGAUAAGCGAAUUCGUAAAGGGAAGACUGAAUAUUAUUUAAAAUGGAAAGGUUAUUCGGAAGAUGAUAAUACUUGGGAGCCAGUUGAUAAUUUGGAUUGUAACGAUUUAAUUGAAGCUUUUGAAGUUGAAAGAGCAAAGCAAGAUAAAGUUCAGGAAAAACCAAAAUCGGGAGGCAGUAAAGCUGCAGAAAAAAGAAAGAAUAAUGAUACCACGACAGCUUCAUCAAAGAGGAAACGAAAUGAUGAAGAUGAUAAAAAGGGAGGUAAUAAAUCAGAUGAUAGUGAUGCUGAAGAAGAUUCAGAAUAUAUUGUGAAACCUGACAAGGAUAAUGCGUUUGCACGGGGUUUAGAGCCUAUAAAAAUUUUAGGUGCAUCUGAUACAACUGGUGAAUUAACAUUUCUUAUACAGUUCAAAGGUAUGGAUCAAGGUGAACUAAUACCAGCAAAAGUAGCAAAUUUGAAAUGCCCGCAGCUUGUUAUUAAAUUCUACGAGGAAAGGCUUACGUGGUAUUCUGACGAUGAGAAUGAUGAUUGAAUUUGCCUUUCUUGAAAAAAAACUUUGUGUAAAAGUAAUAGUAAACUAACAUCAGCAAAUGUAAGAAUUCAUAUCCUUUCAGAUUUUCAAGAAUGUAUACAUACAUAUAUUUUUUUUUUCAAGAAUUCGUAUAUCGUAUAGAUUCACGCAUCAAUCCGGUAAAAAUAAGUUGUACCUAUUGUAAUGCUAAUUAAAGUUAUGAAAAUA